CCGUUGAAAGCGAUGAUCUAAAACGCCGUCCGUGUGGGAUUUGGGGGAGGCAGGCGAACCAUCCCCACCGAUGUCUUCCGGUCUUUUUGUUGUUUGUGUGUUCUCUGAUCUCUCAGGAGGCGCUGUUAUCUAUUGAAGUUUGGUGAAUCCACCGGCAAGGCUAUAGGAUGCGGUCACGGGUAGGUCGGACUCCGAUGCGGAGAGAGUCAACGUUGACCCGUGCAGUGAGUGCGGUCUUCUCCUUCCUCCGCUACGCCGAGUUCGAGAUCCUCUUCGUUCUCUUCUUCCUCAUCGCAUUUCUCAUCUUCAAAGAUCUCACAUCAAGGCCAGAGUACAAUCAGAUCCUUGUAAAGAAGCCUGGUGGUGGUGUUGAUUGGUGGCCUUACUAGGAGUAAAGGAGAUUUGGUUCGUAUCAAGAUUUAUUCGUGUCAUGCAGGAUGUAUCAACUACGCAAAUUCUUUAAUAAGCAGGGUAGUCCCUCCAUGAAGGGCUGGUGUUCUGUGAAUGCUUUUUUAGAGCAAUCCUUUUAGAGCAAUCCAGGGAGCUUUACUUCACUGGUUUGGUUUUCUUAUUUAUUAUUGCUUUUGUUCUUCUUAUUACGUGGAGGAUUUUCUUAUUCUCCUUUGAUUUUUUGCUUUAUAUAUAUAUAUAACUAUGCACGCUUGUGUAGGACAUGCUGUAAAAAUUCUUCUUUGGUCUCAUGUAGUACAAAUUGAAAAUUAAUUCCAGAAGUUUGAUGGUUUUGUUGGGUUCAA